AUGAGCCUCGCGCCAUCAACCAACGAUACCAAGCCGGCUGCCGACUCGGCUGCUGACGCGGCUGCCAGUCCGGCUUUGUCCCAGCACGGCGCGGCUAGCCAUGCCAACCUCGUCCCCACCGCGCUCACCGUCGGCCUCGUCGUGGCACUGCUCACCAUCGGCGUGCGCAAUGCGGUGCUUGUGGUGGUCGUCUCGGCGCUUCUCGUGUGCAAUCCAUGGGUGCGCACCCUGCUCGAGCUUCCAAGCACCGGCGACAAACGCGGCCUUUCCACCUUUGAUCCCGCCCGCUACCUCCUCUCCUACACGCCAGAAGCAGCCGCACGCUCCAACGACGCUUCAUCCGCCCAAGACGAUACCACCGCCGAUGCUGCGUCGCAAGAAGAUGCGCUCAUGCAGACCGACCGACUCUAUUCGCUCAGCGAGAUGCCCAAUGCGCUCCGGCAGAGCUCUCAGACCAUGAUCCGCUUCGUCGUGCGCGACUUUGUGCAGGGCUGGUACGACAACCUCACAUUCGCACAUCCCAACUUUCCCAUCUCGGCGGAAGCCAACAUCUCGCACACGGCCACGAGCGUCUACCUACGAUCGCGCCAGCUCAAGAGCGCCAACACGUCGGCAGAGAUGCUGCUUACAGUGCAGAGCGUGCUGCUCUCGUCGCUGCGCCGUCGACGCAUCUCGAAUCAGUACUCCAACGGUGCGGCUGCGGCGGCGGCGGCUCGCUCCACCUGGCCCAGCACCGCCGCGCGUGUGGAUGCACUGCGCAAGGCGGUGCGCAAGUUUCUCUCGCGCAACCUCGCACCUGCAGAGCGCUCGAGCCCCGUGGUCAUGCUGCUUCUCACCGAGGUUGUGGCCAAGCAGGCGUGGCAGGUGGUGCACACCAUCGGCGACCCGGACUUUAUCAACCAGAAGAUCGUCCAGUGGGCCGAGCCCGCCUCUGAGACCAGCCUAGAAGCGCAGACCAUCUCGCCCGAAGAGCUCGAGCGUCUCAAGUCGCUCGAUACCGCUGCUUUGGACCGUCAGACAUCGGAAGCCUCGAAUGCGCCAGCCAAACGCGCCACUCAACCGAAUUCAUUCGAGGAAGCAGUCCCUCCGACCUCGUCUCUGCCAACACAACCUUUUCAUGCUCCGGUGCCGCGCUCAAGAUCGCCAGACACCGUUCCGCAGCCAAAGAUGUCACUGGACGCGCAGCCGCGAGCGAACCUUCGCAUGCCACCAGCGUCAGCAUCGCAUCCGGCUGCGUUGGCCGAUCGCGCUCGGCCACGUGCGACACCGCCCAAGAAGUCCAACAGUUCGGGCCCCUUUUCGGCGCUGGGUGGAUUCGCGACAGGCGCGUUGGGCGCCUUGGCCGAUGCUGCUGAGCGCGCCGUGGAUGUGGUCGGAGGCACGGUGGAUGAAUUCGGCAACAUGCUCAUGGUGCCUGCCGAUCCGUCGGCGCGCGCACAGAACUCCGGGAGCGGCACCGCCAGCCCUACGAGCACCACGUCGCCACGUCGUCGGUAUGCGCUUUUGGCCGAAAGGGAGGCCGGUGAGGUGCGCCCGGGGUCUCCUUCGCCAAACCGGACCGGCGCAAAUGACCAUGCGAACCGCUCUGCGCCCGCAUACCACCUAGACAUGCCGUCGGGGGUUGACGAGCCAGAGCUUCCCGCAUCGCUGCGCCAGAGCCUGCGCACGAACACGGGUUCGGAUGCGGCCAACGAGCCGCGUGGGUUCGAGAUCCCCGAGACUCCACAGCAUCGCUCGUACGACGCACCCGCGAUUGUGGCACCUGCCCCCGUUGCUGCUGCGCUCAACUUUGCGUCGCGCGACAGCAUGUCGAUGGACUCGAACGAAGGGGACGCGCAAUCAUCGUUGGAGGCGAUGCAUCAGCUGCUCUCGGACCGGAGCUCGGCGGCGUACGAUGCAUUCGAGGCGUUCCUCGAAGAGCCGGGCAACCGGUACUGUGCGCCGAACGAGGGCGAGUCGCUGCUGCGGCUGCAUACGCAGCUCAACACGCUGGCGAGCAUCAUGGAGUUCACCACACUGGACGAGCAGACGUUCCGAGCGGAUGCGAGCACGAUCCUGAGCAAGGCGCUGGAGCAGCUGCCGAGCACGCUGCCGCCGACGCACGACGGGCAGCAGCCGGUGCUGGUUCGGCGCAGCGCACAGCAGGUGCUGACGAACCUCGAGUGGUGCGCCAACAUGGAUGUGGUGGAGCCGCUGCGGGAGAACAUCAUUGCAAGGCUGGUGCAGCUGCACAAUGCGCUGCGAGCUGCGCGCGAUGGAGGGACGAGCGAACCGCCGAGUGCCGUAUCGAGCCCGAUGAAGACGAGGUUUGGCGACGAGAUGGCGAGGAGCGAGUCGCCCGAGCCGAACCAGCUGCGCGCGUUUUUGGAGCGCGAGAAUCGGCCGAGCUUCUCGAGCACCGACUCGGAGCGUGGGGCGUUGCGGUACGAGCCGCGCAGGAAGCCGACGGGGCCUGCUACGCAAGGAUCGCUGCUGCAGCCGGCAACGCAGACACCUCCGCGUGCGCCGUCGGUGCCGCCGGGGGCGGCGGGAGGGGCACCUGUGAUGGGCCCGCCGCUGGGACCGUCUCGACCGAUGUCGGUGCCUCCGCGCGUGCCGUCUGCGCCACCACGCGCGCAGCCGAUGGUGCUGCCCGGUCAUGCGGCCGAGGCGCCUCGGCAGAGCAUGGACGCUGCGCCGGCGUCGAACAGCGUCGAGGUGAGCGUGACGGACAUCAGCGCGAAUGCGGAGAGUGGGCGUGCGGUGGACGUGCGCACGUUCGAGGUGAUGAUCUCGGUGGAGGGUGUAGGCGAGGCGAGCGGGGCUGGUGCGGACGGAUUUGUGCUGGUGCGGCGGUGGCACGAGUUUGAGCAGAUGGACGCCGAGGUGCAGCGCCAGCCGCGCUCGAGCCGCCCGCUGCCGCGGCUGCCCGUGGUCAAGGGCCGACGCAGCGCCGAGGUGUGCGGUGCGCUCGAGGCGUAUCUGGGCGAGCUGCUGCACGCGGAUCAGCGUGCGCAGCUGGCGGCGGUAGGUGGCGCCAGGCGGUUUUUGGACCGUACGCGUGCGGGAGCGUCGGUGGAAGAUCUGCGUCGAAAGGGCGGCGCUGGCGCACUGCUCGGCGGCAUUGGCAAGGGCAUCGUCAGCGGCGUUGGCAUGGUUGGCAAGCAGACGGCCAAGACGGCCACGGCGACGGCGGCGACGGCUGCGAGUGCAGCGACUGCAGCGACGGUGGCGACAGGGAUGCAGGUGCCGGGAUCGCCGGUGGCCGAUUCGGCAUCGGGCACUACGUCGGCGUUUGUGUCGCGCGCGAAUUCGCCGUCUGCUUCGCCGUCUCGCCGUGCGGGCCGGGAAGGCGCAGCGAUGGUCGGUGGUGCUCAGCCUGCAACGGGUGGGGCUGGAGCGAAAUCGGAGCUGAGCGCGCGCCAGUUGGACAUGCUGUUGUCGUCGAUCUUUGCGGUGGCGGACGAGGCGUUCAACGUGCAGGGCGGAUGGACGCUGCGACGCGGGAUGCUGCGGGUGCUGGAGCAGGUGGUGCGCACGACGUACGCGUCCUCGAUUGUGGCGGGCUUCAACAAUGCGGCUGCGGGGCUGAACGUGGAGAAUGCGGCCAAGUGGAUUGCGCAGCUGGCGGAGACCAUGUGGCCGAACGGACGGCGAUGGGGGUCCGAGGUUGGCACGCCGGACGAGGUGGUGCCACGGACCGAGGCGCAGAAGCGUGCUACGGCGGAGCGCGCGCGUCAGAUUGUAGUGUCGUAUGCCCCGGCGCAGGCGGGAUACGUGCUGGGACCGGGAGGCAAGAUGGCGUGCGUCAAGGCGCUCGCCGAGGUGCACGAGACGGUCAUGGACCCCAUCACGGCGUCCGACCUCGGGCUGACGGUGGUGCUCAAGGCGCUCGACAUGGCGAGUCGCUAG